AUGGUUUUGAAACGGAAGAGAGAGACCACAGUUGUCUCAAAGCCCAAGGCUAAAGAAGACAGUCCUCCUCCUGUGGACAAUGCGCAAGACAUAUUCCGCAAAUUAUUCGAAGCACAAUUCGAGCCACUCGAUUUACCAAACGCUACCGCCAAACCUACAAUUCCCGACGACGACGAAAACGAGGACGACGAUGGCUCUGAUAUCUCUGGAUCGGAAGGCGAUUGGGACGGGAUGUCCGACAUGAGCGACGAAAGUAAUGAAGUCGAGGUGGUCGAACACACAGAUGUUCGCGAAGCUGCGGAAGACAGAAUGGACAAAAAGACCUGGAAGGCAUUUAAGAGUGGAAAAUUGUUGUCCACCAUAGAUAAGGCGAGCACCGAGCCGGAACCUACCUCCAAGAAAGAAGAAGAGGAAGAUGCGCACGAUGCUGUGAACCUCAAGCACGACCUUGCGUUGCAGAGACUACUCAAGGAGUCCCACCUUCUCGAAUCGGCGGAUGAUCUUGCGCCCACUGGAAAGAACCGGUUGAAGGCUUUGGAUUUGCGCAUGCAAUCUCUCGGGGCCAAGACUUCACUUUACGCGCAAAAUAAAAUGCCCACUGCACACAGACGAGGUAUUAAGGCUAAGGCCGAAUCGAAGGAAGACAGGCGCCGUCAAGAGGCCAAGGAGAACGGUAUCAUUCUCGAGAAACCUUCCAAAAUUCAAAAAUCGAGCAACAGCGGGCGACGAGAUCGUGGUCUUGUAGGGUCCUCUGUGGGCAAGUUCUCGGGAGGUACAUUGAACCUGAACAAAGACGAUAUCGCGCGCGUCCAAGCUUCGGGACGUCGUAUGAUGGGCGGUAGAGGGAAGGGUAAAUCCAGAGGCGGCCGUGGGGGUGGCCGAGGUGGCAGAGGCGGCAAGCGCUAA